CUUCCAAUCAAUUAAUAUAGAAGGUGGAUCCGUGGUGCAAUUUGAAACUUGUGUCUCCUUUUGAAACUAAAAAUUGAACUAAAACCCCAAGCCUUGGGUUUUGGCGGCUACCCCCUUCUCCAAGCCUUUUCUUCACUCUUAAAUUCUCCUCUUCUUUAAAUCUUUUUAGGGUUUUUCUCUCUCUCUCUCUCUCUCUCUAUCUCCUCUCUUUUUCUUUACACUCUUUAUCACUCUCUAACCAUGGCAGCUCUUUCUUCACCUUCUGAUAGUAUCCUUACCAACUUUACUCAUCUGGAUAUUGCAGGUGUAUUGGGGAACUUGUCAUUAGAAUCUCAGACCAAGACUGCUGAAGUUCCUGAACAUGCCAAGGACAUCUAUGGCAACAAUGAUACUCUUGUAUACCAGCAAAGCUAUGGUUAUGUGCCUGUUGGAACAUACCCAUCACCAAAUUCUACUAUGCCUGCCAUGGGAAAUGAUAGCCAGUUAUAUGGAACACAGGAGUACCUUUACCCUAGUUUUUACCAGGCUCCAAAUUCAAAUGGCACAUUUGAUUCUACCAAAUCUGUUGGUGCAUCCCAAACUGAGGUUCCAACUUCUGGCACAGCUGAUAAAGCAGCUUUAUCCGUUGGAACUGCUGCAGGAAAUUCCAAAAAUACAGUGAACAAUGGAAGUGUAAACCGAACUAAUGGAUCAAAACCUUUCAAACCAAGUAAUCACAAUCCAUCUUCAAACUUUAGUAGUUCCUAUAAGAGGAGCAGUGUUCCAGCAGGAUAUCCUACAUCUGGUUAUCAUGAUCCAAGGUAUGGGUAUGAUGCAUAUCACUCGCCAAUGCCUUGGUUGGAUGCCUCAAUGUAUUCCAAUGGGGCAGCUGGACAUGCAAUGAAUGCUGGGUACUCUUCACCAGUGAAUUGGCCCCCUACAAGACCAAUGUCUGGAUUGGGUCAAGGUUCAGGAUCUAUGAACUACAUGUACCCAAACAACAGAAUGUAUGGCCAAUAUAAUUACAGAGGCGGUGCAGGUUUUGGAUCCUUCGGUGCUAAUUCAUGGACAAAUGGACGUGGAUGGGUGGUGGUUGAUAACAAGUACAAACCUAAGAACCGUGGCUAUGGCAAUGAGAAUAUUGAUGGCUUAAGCGAGUUGAAUAGAGGACCUAGAUCAAAGGGUUUUAAGAAUCAAACUGAACUUGGCCCUGUUGCACAGACAGGCCAAGGGCAGAAUGUCUUAGCGCCAGACCAUAGUAAGGAGGAUAAUUCUCAGAUCCUAGACAAUGAACAAUACAACAAGGAGGAUUUUCCUGAGGAUUACGCAAAUGCAAAGUUUUUUGUUAUUAAGUCAUACAGUGAGGAUGAUGUUCAUAAAAGUUUAAAGUAUGGUGUGUGGGCUAGCACGCCUAAUGGAAAUAAGAAGCUGGAUGCAGCAUACCGUGAAGCACAGGAAAUUCCUGGUGGCUGCCCCGUGUUUCUAUUAUUCUCCGUCAAUACCAGUGGUCAAUUUGUUGGUUUAGCUGAGAUGGUGGGUUCUGUUGAUUUUGACAGAACUGUGGAAUAUUGGCAACAGGAGAAGUGGAUUGGUUGCUUUCCUGUGAAAUGGCAUAUUGUUAAGGAUGUACCAAAUAAUUCUUUGAGGCACAUAACGCUUGAAAACAAUGAGAACAAGCCUGUUACCAAUAGCAGGGACACACAGGAGGUGGUAUUAGAGAAAGGUAUUCAGGUACUUCAAAUUUUUAAGGGUCAUAAAGGCAGGACGUCGAUACUGGAUGAUUUUUCAUUCUAUGCUGCUCGCGAGAGGAUUAUGCAGGAGAAACGGGCUAAGCUAAAGAUUCAAAAACAGACUCUGGAUGGGAAGCCUAUUGAUCCAUGUCACAAUAAAGAGAAACUCGCAACAGAUGCACAUAAACCAGCGGAUACUAUGUUGAACGGCCCAGCGGGUGUAGCAGCAGCAGUUGAACCUGGAAAAAUGAAUGGAGACGUGAAGCUAGCUGAACAGAAUGGUUCAGGUCCAGCAGCUGAAAACUCUCCGAACAAUGCAAAAUCAGCUGUGUCAUCUGAAAACAAAGUCGCGAGUGCCUGUUAAUUUUUUUCCUGCCAAGUCUGUUUACCAUGUUAUUUUAGAAUAGGAUAAUUAGGAGCAGAGAUGUAGUUGAGGUUGGUUUCAUGACUUACUAGUUACUUUUAGAUCACAUAAAUAGGUUAGGUUUUUACCUAUGCCAAUGGAUGACUGCUUUGAAGACAGAAAAAUCUGUGUUUUUAGAGUGAAAAAAAUUUAUUGCUCAA